GUAACAAAAUAUUUUUUUUCAGACUCACUAAUUUAUAUGGAAUAAUAAAUUAGUGUUAUAGUUUGAUCAAAAAAUCAAAAUGGUACCAUCUUCUUAUAUUUGCCUUUUUUUAAAGGAGACCCGUAUUUGUCUAUAAUUGUUUUAUUUGCCCCAUUCCGGAAAGUCUGAAUCUGAGUACCUGACCACCGCAUCACCUCUCUCUCCUCGGCUCCUUCCCUAGUGGCCGCCAUUACUCCGAGGCCAUCAAGUCGCUGCAACCGGCCAAUCAUCACCGGAUUCCUACCGGAUUCUUCCAACCAUUUGCGGUGCAUCUCGCCGCCGCGGCCUGAAAGUAGUUGAGCUCCGAACUCCGCACCUUUUCUUCUGCGUUCGCCAUUCGAUUUCUCCCCACCGUUGUCUCGUCCGUGCUCCAUAGGGAUUGGUACCCAUCAUGCAGGCUUCAAGAGCAAGGCUUUUCAAAGAGUACAAAGAAGUACAGAGGGAGAAGGCAGCGGACCCAGACAUAAAAUUAGUUUGUGAUGAUUCCAAUAUCUUUAAGUGGACGGCUCUUAUAAAAGGUCCAUCUGAAACUCCAUUUGAAGGUGGAGUUUUUCAGCUUGCAUUCUCUGUUCCAGAGCAGUAUCCUUUGCAGCCUCCUCAAGUCCGGUUCUUAACCAAAAUAUUCCAUCCAAAUGUUCAUUUCAAGUCUGGGGAGAUUUGCCUAGAUAUAUUGAAGAACGCAUGGAGCCCUGCAUGGACUCUUCAAUCUGUCUGUCGGGCAAUUAUUGCUUUGAUGGCACAUCCUGAACCUGAUAGCCCGCUGAACUGUGAUUCAGGAAAUCUUCUUCGCUCCGGUGAUAUGAGAGGAUAUCAAUCAAUGGCAAGAAUGUAUACUAGGCUUGCAGCUAUGCCUAAAAAGGGUUGAAUUGGUGAGCAACUGCUACUACUUGUAAACAAAGUCAUUUAAAAAAAAGAUUCUUAAACGAUUGAUGAACAAGUUCUGCCAACUAUGGAGUGUUGCUGUAAAAUCAUCAAAUAUUUGUUGUGUGAUAGAUUGUCAUGCAUUAUUGCUAUAAACCAUAUUCUUAACCUGAAAGUCUGUUUCUA